AGAACUAAUUCUGUUAUAAUGGUUAUAAUACUCUAGUAUUGUUGACUUAAAUCGAUAAAUGUGUUCUGUGAUCAAAUCUCUUUACGUGUAAAGACCACCAAUCAACGUGCCAUUAGCGGAAUUGUGUAAACGCAAAUAAAAAAGAAGAAGAAUUUAUCACCUAUACGAAGUUUGAUAAUAAAAAAAUCACAUAAAUUACAGUAAAAUUAUAACGGAAAACAUUAAGACGCAGAUAUAUAGCGAAACAUAUUGUAAAUAAAAGUGUGAACGCAAUGUCGAAUAAAAAGUAAGUAUAAAAUCCAAAAAAUGUAAAGAUUUUUUGCGUGAUUGUUACCUCGGGACCUUUCGUUGGAGUUAUGUAUAUUAUUUUAUAUUUCUUUAGAUAUGGUCUUAUUGUAUCCGACAAAGUGAAACUGCAACAUCCUGUUUUUCAAGCCUCAAGAAAUGUAUUUGGAAACGACUCUGAAUCUGAUGAGGAAUCAAAUAAAAAGCCAGUUUUACUACGACCUAGUGACAAUAUAAACAGACAGGCGAAGAUAGCUCAAAAUAAAGCUAUUUGUGAAGAUCCAACAGUUUUUCAAUAUGAUGAAGUUUAUGAUGACAUGAAAACUGAGAAGGAAGAAAAGAAAGAUAAGAAAAAAGAAGAUAAAAAGCCAAGGUAUAUAGAAAAUCUAUUAAAAUCAGCAAACAAGCGAAAGAUAGAAAAUGAAAGGAGAAUUGAAAGACAAAUACAAAAAGAAAGAGAAGAGGAAGGUGACCAGUUUGCUGAUAAGGAAGUGUUUGUUACUACGGCAUAUAAAAAGAAAUUGGAAGAAUUGAAACUUGAAGAAGAAAGGGAAAAAAGGGAAGAGUAUUUGGAGUCUAUAGGAGAUGUAACUAAGCAAUCCGAUUUAGGUGGUUUUUACCGACAUCUGUAUGAACAAAAACUGGGAUCUGAGAAGAAAAAAGAAGGGAAGGAUGCCCUUAAUGUAAAAGAUAAAACACCCCAUACUGUCACUAAAGAAGAUAAAAUAACAAGUAAUACUUCAGAAAUAAGUAAGAAAUCGAGUAUGUCACUUGAAUCAUCUAAGAAAAGGAAUUACAGGAAAAGAAAAUCAUCUAAUGAUGUAAAGAAACUGCUUUCUGAUGGGGAAAUUGAAGAGUCAGAUGAAGAAAUUAACCGUCUCAAUCUUGAUGAUAUAAGAAUGGCAAAAAAAUAUAAAGUGGGCCAAGAAAACAUAGAUGCAGAUUCAGACUUUUCAAUUGACGAAUCAAGUGAUGAAGACGCUGUAAGUAAUGAAGGCGAAAAUACAAAUAUUUCGAAGAAAGCAACCGCAGAAGUUGAUCCUUCUAUGAAUGCGACUAUAAUUGGUGAUAGUAAGACCGAUGAAAAGGUGGUGUGUCAACCUAAAAUAAAAAUAGAUAUUUGGAAAAAAAGAACUGUAGGUGAAGUAUUUGAACAGGCUUUAAAAAGAUAUUAUGAGAGAAAGGCAUCCAGGGGUGUCUGAAAGUAUGUGUGAAAAAAAAAAUUGGAUUAGGUACAUUUUAGGUUUAAUUUACUUAGGUACAUUUGUUAAUCCAUUAAAUUUUUUUUUUUUUUAAAAAGCCUGGUUUAUUAUU